AUGUCCAGUUCAUCUUCCUCCGCGAAAGCCAAAAUUAGAUACACGACAUAUACCCAAAGAUACAUUCGUGUCUCUGAAAAACAUAUACUACCACUAAUUAUUUAUCUUCGUCCAGAAAACACCAAUUGGUUUAAUGAUGGAAUGUUUCAGGAACUAAUAGAGAAGUUGAAUAAAUUUCUACCGCAAAAAAUCGAUUCUAUGAGAAAGAGAAAAUCAAACGAAUCGAAAGACAAACAAGAGGAACAGCAAAUUAGUGCAGAUAUUUUUCGUGAGAAGUUUCAUUGUGCCUAUUAUUUCCGACCAACUGAUAUACGACAUUCUGUUUUGAUCAAGGAUAAAAGAUACAUGCUCCCUUCUUCGAGAAAAUCAAAAAGCAAAGAACUAGAAGAAGUCAAACCCGACUUUCAAGUGAACUAUAAUGGAUUUAGUAUCUUUAUUAAGACACUAGUUGUGGUGGUAGAACCUAUUGGUGAAACUUUUGAAUUCAUUGACAAUGUCAAAGCGAAAUAUGUAGAUUCACUUGAAUCAUAUUUUUUUAGUUAA